UUCAAAGAAAAAACAAUAUCAAUAUAGCUUAGUGGUCUGAAAAAUUUAUAAAUUCGAAAAAAUUAUACAAUUAUUGUACAUUUAUAUCAGAUUUGCACAUUAAACUAAAAUGGAAACUUAUUAGGCAUUAGUAAUUUACUAACUAAAUAAGUAGCAUCAGUUUUUCUUCCGCGGAAAAGUGUAGACGAAUUGGGACGACCGAGGACAUUGAACAACAUUAUAAAAUGCUUUUGCUGCAGGAAAAGCGGCCUCUUAAACGCUCACGUCUGGGACCACCAGAUGUUUAUCCCCAAGAGGCCAAGCAACGUGAAGAUGAGCUCACGCCAUCCAAUGUUAAACAUGGAUUUGCAACAAUGCCCCCUCUCUCCGAUGAAUUUGGAACGGCCCACACAUCCAAUGUCAACGCAAGCAAGGUGGCGUCUUUUUUCAAUGCCAUACUGGCAAAAAAGGAAGAGUUAAUGACCCUGCAAGAUACGGUGCGGAAAAAGCAACAAAUCAAUUUCAAGGACAAUUUUUGGCCCGUAUCGCCGCGCACCAAAACAGCCCUUGAUGCAUGGUUUAAGGAUUUGGCCGGCAACAAGCCACUUUUGAGUUUGGCCAAAAAGGCUCCCUCGUUCAAUAAAAAAGAGGAGAUACUCAUAACGCUGUGUGACCACCAGGUAAAUAUGCAGAGGGCCACUUGGUUUAUUAAACUAAGUGCUGCCUAUACGGCCAGUGUGUCGGAAUCGAAAAAUAAGAAAAGAAAUUUGGUGGACCCGGUGACAGAAUGGACGGGCAUUAUGGUGAAAUUUAUGAAAGAUUUGCUGCCAAAAUUACAGGAAUAUUACCACUUAAGCGAAAAGUGUUCGCCUGCCGAAAGAGCUUUGAUGAGUGGAUAUGGGGCUCCUGCCACACAGAACAAUAAUCCUUCUCAGAUUAACUCAGCUUCCCAUGUUCCAAAUUCUCUGACCACGGUGCCCUCGAUGGCAAGUCCGGUACCCAUGCUAAGUCCAGCCAACAAUCAAACUUCUGCUGCCUCCACUCUAGGUGGUGCCAUAAGCAACAAUAGCACACCCUUGGUGGGUUGUUCGACUAGCCAAAGCGGUAUUCCUGGAUCCGGUAAUAUGCCUGGAUCCGGUUCCUCCAUAUCGGGUACUGGCAGCAACUUCGAAGACAGCCGCAAUGCUUUGAAAUAUUGGAACUAUUGUGCCCAACUAAGCAAGUACAUGCAUGAAGAGUCCCUAUUAGAUAGGCAGGAAUUUCUUAAUUGGAUCCUAGAGCUUUUGGACAAAAUGCGUACCCAGACCACCUUCGAUGAGUCGUUGAAGAAAUUGAUCUUAACCUUUGCCAUGCAAUACAUGCAUGAUUUUGUACAAUCCGAAAGGCUAUGCCGCAAAAUGGCAUAUAUAGUUGCCAAAAAGCUGUCAAAUCUCUUGAACGGAGUCAUAGACCAACAGCAGCAGAUAAAUGGAAAUCAAAAACAAUUACUGCCGGCCGGAGUCACACCCAUGGAUGUUGAUGAGGAUGUGGAGAAGAAAAAGUUAAUUCUAGAUCCUUAUGAGACGGCCCUAAAUGAAUAUCUGUCAUGUCCCCACCAUCGGGAUAUUGUUUUGUAUUUAAGCACAAUUUUACAGAUAAUAACCAUAGAAUGUCCCACAGCUAUGGUUUGGUGUGGCAUAGGAGAAAAUCGGGCACCUGCUGCCUUAUGUGGCAGCCCCUUGGAUCAUUUGCCUUUGGCUCCCUCAGCCUUGCCUAUGCCUAGUAAAUGUCCCAUUACCAAUGCUGAGGUUCGUCGCCAGUUAAAAUCCAUCGAAUCUGAUAUUGUUUUGCGUUCCAAACACGCUGAGGCUCGUUGGUUUGCGGAAAAAUGGCAAAAUGCUGAUAAAAAUUCAUAUACUCAUGUGCUGACAAUAUUGGAUCAUUUAGAUACGCAUUGCUUUGAUUUGAUGGAUCAAUCAAAUUCCAUAGACACCUUAUAUGCAAAUAUAUUUCAACCUUUUGUAAGUGUACGCCAUGAAGUGGGUGCCAAUGGUGAAAUGAAGGAGAUCCGGCAGGAGUAUGAGGCCAGUACAGUGGAUGGAAAUACUGUAAAGAUUUUGUGCGAAUGGGCGGUAUCGAGUCAAAGAUGGGGUGAACAUCGUGCAGUUGUUGUUGCUAUUUUAUUGGACAAACGUCAAAUUGAGGUUACCACCCCUUGUCCUGAAGACCUCAACAACGGCCAGAGUAAUGGUAGCAAUGUCAACGAUGACAAAGAUUCUAUUGCCUCGGGUGCUGGGCUUAUUGGUGGCUUGCCGGUUUUCCAAUCCGUUCUUAUGAAUUUUCUCGAUCAUGAUGCUCCCAUACUUGAUGAGAACGGAACUGUGGCCAAUCGUACACAAUUCACCAAUUUGGUGCAUCUCUUUAGUGCUCUCAUACGCCAUGAUGUCUUCUCCCACAAUGCCUAUAUGUACACCUUGAUAUCGCGAGGCGACCUUUUGGAGGGGGCAAAUGGCAUGAAUGGCGCUAGCCUGAACCACACUAAGACCACAACAACUAUUAGUAAUAGUGUAACCAAUCCGGUGUCCAAUAAACCCGUUUCCCCAACCAUCAAUCAAGGUUUCGAUGAUGAUUUCACCAGCGGUCUGGAUUUCAAACACAACGAAUAUGAUGAUUCCAAUGUUGAUGAUGAUUUGGAGAAAAUCUUACAAAAUAUCAAAGAAAAGGGACAAGUGCAAGCCCCGGAUAGCCCUAAGAUACCCGAACACAAUAACAGCUCUUCCAUAUCACGUCAUUAUAUAUACACCAAACAUUUUCCCAUACCACAGGAUGAUCCCUCUAUGUCGUAUAGCAGUGAAUCAAAUCAGCGUUACAUUCUACUAUUUGGUGUGGGCAAGGAGCGUGACGAAAAGAAACAUGCUGUUAAGAAAAUGUCCAAGGAAAUUUGUAAACUUUUUACUAAAAAAUUUAGUAUUGAUGUGGCCGAGGGUGGCAAGGUGAAGAAACAUUCGCGCAAUGAAUUCAACUUUGAGGCUACCACCAGCAAAUGUCAAAAUAUGGCUUAUUUUGAUCAACAUGUCGUGACUUCUCAGUGUGCUGCCACCGUUUUGGAACAGCUUAAUGGCUUUGCAGUGGGCAGCAAUAACUAUUUACCGGUACAGGAGCAUGUGGCAUUUCUAUUCGAUCUAAUGGAAAUGGCUUUGAAUAUUCACAGUCUACUGGAAUUGUGCGAUCAAAUACUGAAGGAACUGCCCGAGGUGGAAAAUCAAUUGCAAGCCAAAAAAUCCAACAUGAUUCGCAGCUACACCACCUCCUUGGGUUUGUACAUAGUGGGAAUACUGCGUAGAUAUCACAGCUGUCUAUUGCUGUCGCCAGACCAAACCAUCUCUGUAUUUGAGGGUUUGUGUCGCAUCAUCAAACAUGUGGGCAAUCCUGCCGAGUGCAGUUCGGCAGAGCGUUGUAUUCUAGCCUACCUCAACGACCUGUAUGAGGCCUGCCAUUUGUUGCGCUCCAAAGAACAGGAAGCCGAAUUCUUUUUGCAAAUCUCGAAUAUUAAAAAAUUCAAAGACAUUAUCAAUCAUCCGGAGCAAUUGGGCAUGGUUCCACAAACGUAUAAUUCUCAAUUUAUGCAGGAGUUCUUCACUUCACCCAAGCGGGGAGGAAAAAUCGAUCCCUUAUGGCUAAGGCAACUGCAUGAAUCCCCGGCCAACAUCUAUAGUUUCGUAUCGAAUGUCAUCUUUGCUGUAUGCCAUGAGACGGACAAUGAUCGUUUGAAUGACAUAGCGAUUGCAUGCGCUGAGCUGACAGCUGGCUGUAAUGCCUUAUCCGAGGAAUGGAUUGACGCCCUGUGUAGCAUUUGUAAGGCCAUGAAUAAAAAGCGUUAUCCACAUCUCAGCCAGAUCGAUAUACAAAAUAGUAAAAUACACAAUUCACUGGCUGUAUUCAUUUGCAUAUUGGUCGCACGUCAUUGCUUUUCUUUGGCAGAUUUUGUAUUGAAGUUUGCCUUGCCCACACUGGCCAAUGCUUAUCCGGAUGGUUGUGAAAUAACGCCAGAUGCUGAAUCGGGUGCCCGCUUAACGUGUCAUCUGGUAUUGAAACUUUUCAAGACCAUCGAAAUACCUCAACCCGGCAUGUAUUCGGUUAGCACUUCACCGAAUCCCCUCAAUGCCGUAAACAGUUCUUCCAACAUUAAACUUAGUUGCGAUCGCCACCUACUGAUAGCAGCCCACAAGAAUAUACCCCUUGAAGCAGUAUUGGCAGUGCUUAAGGCCAUUUUAAUUGUGGUCGAUACCACAGCGCUAAAAACUCCCACUAUGGCUGGCAAUAAUUCGGCAGGAGGGGCAUUUGGCAGUGGCAGCAAGCGCGGCAGUGGUUUUAAUACACCCGUACAUCCUGGCAGUACGCCGAAGAGUAAUGAUCGCCCCGUCGACAUAAGCCAAAUAUUGGGUACAAGUGAUUUGACUAGUUUGGCAGGAGAUCAUGAUCACGAUAUGUCUCAGCCGUUAUCGACAACACCUUUGAAUGCCAACCAUGGGUCGGGGGGAGAGCAAAUAUCAUUGCUGGAAUUUGCCCAACAUGUGCUCAAACAAAUUUGUGCCCAGGAACAUGUAUUGGAACGAUGUUUGAAAAAUUCCGACAAACUAUGCGAUAUGGUUUUCGAUGAUAUGCUCACACCCAAGCAAUCUCAAUCGAUCUUGCACAUGAUAUGUUAUUCAGAAGCUGAAUAUAGUAUCAUCUCAGAGCUGGACCAACGCUCUAUGAUUGUAAGGAUUUUGGAAAAUCUGGGACAGUGGACUUUGCGCAUAUCGUUAUUGGAUUUGCAGUUAAUGCAUAAGCAGAGCAUCAAUAAUGCUUCAGAGCUAACCACUUGGCUGGAUACUGUGGCCAGGGCGGCCAUUGAUGUUUUCCUUAUGGAGGAAGUCAUUUCGCCUCAUGGUGGUAAGGCGGAACAUCGGCCAAAGCCUUCAACUUGGCUGGUGGCGCCGUUGGUUUCCAAUUUGACGUCUGCCGUGCAGGGUCGCAUUUUACGUGUAGCUGGCCAGGUGUUGGAGAGCAUGAAUUACUUCUCCAAGACUUCCAAGGCGGACAAUAACAGCUCAUGCAGCGGAGAUGAAAGGGAGAAGAGCAAUAGCUGUGGCAGUGCCAGCAGUAGUUAUAGUGGUGGUUCCAAUGGCAGUUCUCGCAGCAAAAAAAUGCCUUUGAAUUAUCAGCCAUUUUUGGGUUUAAUUCUGACCUGCCUCAAAGGCCAGGAUGAGUACAAAGAAAAUUUAUUGGUGUCCUUAUAUUCACAAUUGUCGCAGUGCCUGCAAUCCUAUGCAGAAGUAAGUGGUUAUACUAUAGGGGAAUUUAUUUUCAAUUCUUUUAUAUCUCUUUUUCAUAAGUUUGAUACCAUGGGCGGUGUGGAUGAUCCUCAGGGGCGCGAGGAAAUGCUGGAUGCCUUGCAGCUGCGUUUCUCACUGGUGGGUGGCAUGUUUGAUUCUAUACUAAAGAAUGGCACCUCAAUUACCGAUUGGGCCAUUCUUCUGGCUCAAUUGGUGUGUCAGGGUGUGAUAGAUCAAAGUACAAAUAGAGAACUUUUCACCUCGGUGGUGGAUAUGUUGACCACUUUAGUGCAUUCCACUCUAGUCUCCGAUAGCCAAUCUGAAAGAGAUGAGAAAUUCUAUUCCAAUUUAAUGAAGAAACUCAAAAAGGAAAUUGGAGAAAAGAACAAUGCCUCCAUAAAAGUUAUAAGGCAAUUGCUUCCUUUGUAUAAACAGCCUACAGAGGUGAUUUCUUGUGAACCAGCGGGUGUUGAUCAGAAAGGCAAUAAAAUCAAUGACAUGGACAAGAAACAAUUACGUGUCUCGGACAAGCAAAGAAUUUCUGUGUGGGAUAUACUGGAGGGCCAUAAGAAUCCUGCGCCCUUGUCAUGGGUUUGGUUUGGUGCAGUUAAACUAGAACGCAAACCGUUAACCUAUGAAGAGGCCCAUCGUAAUCUUAAAUAUCACACCCAUAGUCUGGCCAAACCCAGCCACUAUUUCUAUGAGGCUUUGCCCCUGCCACCCGAAGAGGUCGAACCUGUUCCCGAAAAGAUUGUGACACCAACACCUCCUUUCUUGCAGAAGGAUGAAAUGAAAGCCGACACUCCCUCAUCGGUGGAUCAAUCGCCUAGCGCUGUUGUCACCGGCCGUGGUCGUGGCAAAGGUACAACGCGUAAACGUAAACCCAAAAAUGCCAAGACACCACCGGUAAAUGCCCAGCAACCAGCGCAACAAAUAACAGGACCACAAGUGGGCCAAGGUCCACAACAAGCAGGUCAACAACAAAAUCCUAUUACACAGCAACAACAACAGCAGCAGCAACAGCAACAACAGCAAAUGGUGCAGCAACAACAACAGCAGCAGCAACAGGUGGCCCAGCAACAACAACAACCAAUGAAUACUCAACAACAAAUGGGACAAAUGCAAAUGAACAUGCAGAUGAGUUCAAAUGUUAAUAUGCAACAAUUCAAUCCCAAUCAAAUGAUGCAACAAAAUUCCAUGAUGCAGCAACAGCAAAUGCAAGGUGUACCGGGUAAUAUGCCACAGCAAAUGAAUGUGGGCAACCCUCAACAAAAUCCACAAAUGAACUUUAUGGGUCCAAAUGGACCACAGGCUAUGCAACAGGGCGCUAUGAAUCCUCAGCAGCAACAAUGGCAAGGUCAAAAUCAAUUCCACACCAUGCAACAGCAGCAACAACAGCAACAAUUCUAUCAACAGCAACAACAAGGAAUGCAACAAAUGAAUCGUUUUGAACGUCCUCAAAUUAAUAACUCCAAACAAGCGCUUCACAAUAUGUUGCGUAUGAGACAGCCUACAUUCAGUCAAAACAAUCCCAAUCCCAAUUUCAAUGCCAUGCAACAGCAACAACAACAGCGUCAGGCCCAAGGCAUACCCUCGCAACAGCAGCCGGGCGGUUUAAAUCCGGUGCAGCAGCAGCAAAUGCAACAACAACAAUUUGGACGUGCCGGUAUGCGCGGCAUGGCACCCAAUCAAAUGGCUGGUGUAGCACCCAAUCAAAUAGCUCCUGGCAUGGGUAACCAAGUCGGUAUGGGCGCCCAGGGUAUGGGAGGACAAAAUCCCAUAAUGCAACAGCAAAUGGCUGCUCAGGGUAUGAAUCAGGGCAAUAGCCAAAUGGGUAUGAAUCAAAAUGCAGGCAUGAUACCUGGUGCAGGCUCUAGCAACAAUCCCAAUAUGAUGGCAGCACAAACCAAUAACGGUAUGGUAAAUGCAGGUGGUAUGAUGCAACCCAAUGUUGGGGUUGGUGUGGGUGUCGGUGGCGUGGGCAAUAAUGCCGUGGUCAACCAGGGCAUGGUGAAUCAGAGUGGACCCGCACAAUUCCAGAAUUUCAAUCAAUACCAACAGCAGGGCAUGAAUCAAACAGCGGGACCAAACCAACAAGCAAAUCUCAUGGGUGGUUUUAAUCAAAUGAAUCAACGAAACAAUCCAGGAGACUUUAUGGCACAGCAACAACAACGUGGCCCUGGUGCUAUGCCCGGCAAUAGAGGACAGUAUAUAAAUCAAGCACCCAAUGUCACCAUGAACAAUAUGAUGGGCCAGGGUAAUGUGCCACCUUAUCAGAGGCAACAAUCCACGGGUGGAAAGCCCGGUGUCAGCCAACAACAGUUCCAACAACAACAGCGCAUGCAACAAAUGCUGCAAAUGCAAGGCAUGGGACCUCAAAACCCUGGUGCCAGUGGCAUGGGACAAGCACAGAAUCAAAGUGUUGGCCAGCAACAAAAUCCAAAUCUUGUAGCCCAGCUGCAACGACAAAUGCCCAAUCAACCCAAUAUGAUGGGCCAACAGUAUCAGCAUCCUCCUCCCUAUUGAAGGGGCCUUUGGCAAAACAUUCAAGAUAUUUAUAUACCACACACCCUCACAAACACAACUCCAUAUAUUAUAAAAUAUUUCUACACUUCAUUUACUCUAUAGUCUUUUUUCUUUGCUCUUCCUACAUCCCUAAUUUAAGUUCACAUAUUUUUUAGUUAUGUUUUUUUAAUCUUAGUUUAAAUUUUAAUGAAUUUAAAUUCUUAGUUAUUGGAAAAUAUCAUACAUGCAUUCAUACAUAGUAUUAUACAAAAAUGUAUUUGAUUUAUUAAAAAAACCGGAAAAAUAUACAAAAUAUUUGCAAUUACA